AUGGGAAAGCCCCUUCUUGCGCCGUCUCACACAUCCGGCCAGGACUAUUCCAUUCAAACGAAGGAGCAAAAGGCCUGGGCUACCUCAAAUCUUUUGGAGGUGCUCCGAAUAUUGAAAGAGAAAUCAAGACUUCUCUUCUCAAAGUCAUCGAGAGAAAGAACGGCUCUCGCUGGCCGCUACCGCAAGAAUGUAUUGACAAGCUCUCAAUUCUGGGACGAUCAUCGAGUGUCUCAAGUAUGCCACCACCGGCGACCUCCCCCGAACAGCAAAGGUGGCGCUUUCAUCCACGAUCCCAAGCUAUGUGGCGAGAAAGAGGUGCUCGCCCAAGUGAAGCUCUCGUUCACUGGAACAUCCGGUGCCAAGAUGGUCGCCACACGCAGCCUGCAGCUUACGGUCAAGAAGACGACCAGGCAACAGAAAACACUAGAGGGACAGCUAGUCAUGGUCAAGAAUGGCGAGCGCGCGUCUAUUUCAUCACGGGUGGCAGAGUUGGACCAGAUCAUGCCGCAGUACUUGGGUGUUUCCAAAGCUGUGUUGGACUCCGUGAUAUUCUGCCACCAAGACGAAAGCUUAUGGCCAAUGAGCGAGCCUUCAGCACUGAAAAAGAGAUUCGAUGAAAUUUUUGAAGCGAUGAAGUACACAAAGGCCAUCGACAACAUCAAAGCCUUGCGGAAAAAGCAGAAUGAAGAGCUUGGGAAAUUCAAGAUUAUGGAACAACACGCCAAGGAGGAUAAAGACAAGGCGGAUCGUGCAGAGAAACGGUCUAUCAAGCUGCAAGAUGAGAUCGAGGCGCUGCGGGAUGAGACUCAGCAAAUGUCCAAGGAGCUACGACGCGUCGCCGAACUCGCCGACAAAGCCUGGAAGGAAUCAGAAAGCUAUGCCCAGGUGCUCGGUGCAUUGGAGGAAAGCGCAUCGAAGCGAAAAUCGAACCUCGAGCAGUUCGAAACGAAACAAAUCGAGUAUCAACAGCAGGAAGAGUCUCAGAAGGAGAACUACAUGGAGCUUAAAGAGAGAAUCGAGACAGCUCGGCACAGGUUGGGCUUAAAGCAGGCUGAGAAUGGCAAAUACGAGAACGACAAAGCCAAUUUCGAGCGCCAGGUUCAAAGACGUCAGACUAUGAUUAUCGAGGCUGCUCGCAACAACAAUAUCCGUGGAGUCAACGACAACAUGGACCAGGCAGAAAUUGACGACUUCAUGCAGCAAAUUCGGCGCGCUCUGCGGGAGCAAAACCAGUCCUUGGACCGUGUGAAACGCGAAGCCCAGCGUGAUCUUCGCGAGGUGCAGGUCACUCUCAAUGAGAUUGGUCAGCGAAAGUCUGCCUUGCAGGAAACCAAAAAUGCUGCAAAGAGACAAAUCGGGGCAAAUGACAAAGAGGCGGCAGCGUACCAGGGAAAGUUAAAUGAGAUUGACGUCGACGAGGGUGUCCAGGCUGCCCUAGAAGCUAAGAUUGAAGACAUUAAUUCGAGUCUUGAUCAAACUAAGGAACGGGCCAAGGCUGCCUCAUGGGACCGAGAGAUCCAAGACAUCAACUCGCAGAUCCAGCACCUUGAAGACGAGGCCUCGAAACUCAAUGCCGAGCUGAUUGAGUCCACAAAGAAAGCAGGCGACCUGGCUCGCUUGGACCAUCUCAAGAAGGAGCUCAAGGACAGGGAACGCAGUCUACAGACUAUGAAGAGUGCUCAUGGAGACCGUCUCGUGAAGGUUGUCGGUGCCGAAUGGCAGCCCGAGAGCCUGGAAAAGGAUUUCCAACGAGCCGUGGACACGGAGUCCAAGCAGGUCGCCGAUGCUGAGCGGAUCCGUGACGGGGUUCACCGAGAACUCGAGCAAGUUGAAUACAAACUGAACAACGCAAAGAAGAACUUGAAGCAGCGUCGCAUCGAACUCAACGACUGCGCAGAGGAGAUUCGUCAAGCGAUUAAUGCCGAACCAGCUGAUUACCCUGAAGUUGUAAAAGACCGCCAAGCCCAAUACGAGCUGGCCCGCAAGGAUGCUGAUCAAUUUGCUGGCAUGGGAGAAUACCUCAGCAAGUGUCUUGAUGCGGCAAAACGCACCAAAAUGUGCCGCACUUGCCAGCGAUCAUUCAAGAACGAAACUGAGCUUCAAACCUUUACCAGGAAGCUGGAGGCUCUGGUGAAAAAAGCUGGCUUGGAUGCAGAGGACGAAGGCUUGCAAGGCCUGGAAACCGAUCUCGCAGCCGCUCGUGCAGCCAACGGAUUCUACGAACAGUGGGCUCGUCUUUCUGAGACUGAUAUACCCGAGCUGGAGAAGGAAGAGCAAGAAUGCGAAUCCCAGCGAGAUCAGCUUUUGGACAAACUCGAAUCUCACGAUCGAACUGUCAGCGAUAAGCAGGAAGCCAAGAGAGAUGUUGAGACACUUAUCAAAACAGUAACCACCAUCUCGAGGUACGACGCUGAAAUCAAGAACAUCACGUCUCAAAUCCAGGAGCUUUCCGCGAAGCAGCAGGACACUUCCCUCGGCCGCACCUUGGAGGAGAUCCAGGAAGAAAUCUCGGCCUCCAAUGAGAAGUCUCGGGACCUGAAGAAGACUCUCGCCAAGCUCACCCACGAGAAGGAGCAGGCGCGAAGUGAGAUGAACAAGCUGGAGCUGCAGCUUAGAGACGUGCGGGAAAAUCUCAACAAUGCCAAGUUCCAGCUGGAGAAGAAAGCCGACCUACUUGUCCGGAUGGAGGAGUAUAAGAAGCUUAAUGCCCAGCAAAGGGAGACAAUCGAAAAAGCGGACCAGGAUAUCGAGAGCCUCACGCCCGAAUUGCUUCAAGCCCAAUCCAAAUACGACGAUAUCACCCAAAAGACCGAAAGCCGCGAACGUGACUUGCAGCAUGAGAUCAACAGGUUGUCCGACAGUAUUCAUCAGCUCGACCUUGCCAAUGAGGACAUAAAUUCGUACAUAGAACGAGGAGGUCCGCACCAACUGGACCGGAGCAAGAAAGAAAUUGCCGCCAUCGAGAUUGAGAUUAGCCAAUUCGAAACCGAACAAGGCGAGAUAACGAGAGAGAUCAACAAAAUCUCAGCUCAGCUCAAGGAUAGUGAAAACACGAAGCGACAGUACUCAGAUAAUCUGACGUAUCGUCAAGCCACACGAUCCUUGGGCAAAGUUCUUCAGGAAGUUGAGGAGCUGGAAGCCCAGAAUGCCGAAGUUGACCGCAGCCGCUUCAAACAGGAGUCAGAGCGCUGGACUCGCGAGCACAAUGCUUUGGCUGCAAAACAGGCCAGCAAGAUGGGUGAAAUGAAGUCCAAGGAUGACCAGUUGAUGCAGCUGCUGGCCGACUGGAACACGGACUACAAGGAUGCAGCCUCCAAGUACAAGGAAGCACAUAUCAAAGUGGAGACCACCAAGGCUGCAGUGGAGGAUCUCGCUCGCUAUGGCGGUGCCCUGGACAAAGCGAUCAUGCGAUACCACGGAUUGAAAAUGGAAGAAAUCAAUUCCAUUAUCGGUGAACUCUGGCAAAAGACCUACCGCGGAACGGAUGUUGACGCGAUCCUCAUUCGUUCCGACAACGAAAAUGCCAAAGGUAAUCGAUCCUACAACUACCGGGUUUGCAUGGUCAAAUCAGGUGUGGAGAUGGAUAUGCGCGGCCGCUGCAGUGCUGGUCAGAAGGUUCUGGCCAGUAUAAUCAUUCGCCUUGCUCUGGCAGAGUGUUUCGGCGUGAAUUGUGGUCUUAUCGCUCUUGACGAGCCGACGACCAACUUGGAUCGUGACAACAUUCGCUCGCUAGCAGAAUCAUUGCACGAUAUCAUUCGGGCUCGCCAGCAGCAGGCGAAUUUCCAGUUGAUUGUCAUCACCCACGAUGAGGAGUUCUUGCGUCACAUGCAGUGUGGUGACUUUAGCGAUUAUUAUUAUCGUGUCUCGCGGAAUGAGAGACAAAAGUCGAUCAUUGAGAGGCAGUCCAUUGCCGAGGUCAUGUAA